GUUGCCAUUCGACCUCUGCGGGGCCUGCGCGGACGCAGCGAGAACCCUGAAAUUCAUUAUGCGUUUAAAACCUUUAUUUAUUUCCGCAUAACCUACAUACUCUCACCGGGAGGGCCAAAGCGGAGAAAAGAAACGACGACGGUCCAUCUCUUUCGGAAGAUACAUCGUUUGCAAAUACAUUAUUUUUUUUGUCGGAGGGGGAUACUGUUGAGAAAGUGAAGAUUCUAAUUUAUAUUGAGAAAAAUGUCCGGUGAGAGAAACCGCAGGUCGCUGGCUUUCCGAGGAGGUGGAUUAGCUGGGUUAACGGGUUCCAGCGGUAUCGGUGGGGGGAACUGUAACAGCUGGGAGGCCCCGGCCUGUCAAGACCGACAUUUUAACGGGAACAGGCCGGAUCAAGAGGAGGACAGGGAUCUGGGGGCGAAAGGACCAUCGGAGAGGAGAGUGGAGGGCGCUGGGUCUGUCAGCGAUAGCACGGAACCCGAGGCGGAGGAAGAAGAGGACCCGGAAGGGGGCAGCUGGGCAGCCGCGGAGGGCGACGAUCGUGUCGGCUCCGGGGAAGGGGAGGACGGGUCCAGGGAGGGGAGUAAGUGGACAGCGGGGAACGGUCCCAACAACGCCGACGGCCAGGAGUCGGGAAGCGGUGCGACGGGAGGCGAGACGGGAUCCAGGAAAUCUGGGGUAGAGAUGAGACCGCAGACGUUGCUUCAGAAACACUCACUAUUCCAUGCUUCGUGGUUGCAAGAAUUUCCAUGGCUCAAAUUUUGCCAGGAGACGGGACUCAUGUCGUGCUCUUGGUGUCACAACAUUGCCACUAAAAACAGCGACGAGCUUGUCAAAGGCAGUCGCAACUACAAACGGGCCUUGCUGCUGAGACAUCACCUGUCUUCUGAGCACGGGAGAAAUGACCCCACCAAACAGGAGAUGGUGAGGCCCUCAGACAACGCCAGCCCCUCCACUAACUGCUCAGAGGAAGACUACCGCAGCAAGCCCAAUGAGAACUCCUACUGUUACCAGCUUCUCCAGGAGCUGGACAAGCAACGCAAAAGUGGCAUCCUCUGUGACGUCAACAUUGUGGUCUCAGGCCAGGUGUUCCGCGCACACAAGAACAUCCUGGUUGCAGGCAGCCGCUACUUCAAAACCCUCUACUGUCUGACCAAGAGUGAGGCCCAGGACCAGGCCACGGUCACGCACCUGGAUGUUGCUGCCGUGCAGGGCUUCUCAGUUAUCCUCGACUUUCUCUACUCCGGGAAUCUGCUGCUUACAAGCCAAAAUGCCAUUGAGGUGAUGUCUGUUGCCAGUUACCUCCAGAUGACAGAAGUUGUACAGUCGUGUAGGGCUUUUAUAAAGGAUGCCCUGAAUAUCAGCAUCAAGCAGGAGGCUCCAGAUUCAGUGGUGGUGGACUACAACAAGAGGCAGAUGGUGGCCAAAGAGGGGCAGAGAAGGCUGGACCGGAAGCCAAGCAACUUCUGGGCCACAAACAUCCUGUCAAAGCUGUCGAUCAAGGCUAGCAACAACAACCAAGGAAAAGAUGCAGUGGAAGAAGAGGACGAAAGUGGCAGGGUGAAGGAGGAGACCAGCGAUAUAGAGGUGACAGUGGUCGGGAAUGAGGGCUGUGCCCUGGUGACCCCUGGAGCCUCUGGUAACUGGACACUCCACAACGAGAACUCCUCUGAUUCAGCAGAGACCAAUGAAACGCGAGCGGCAAGCGCCCAGACGCAGGUCUUCGUCUGGAACGAGUCUGCCACCAGUGGCGCUGCAGCAGCACCCACAGCAUUAAAACGACAGGCACCGGAUGCUGCGGCUGGAAGCGGGCGGAGGAAAAAGCAGACCACCACACGGCGUUUUGUCUACAACUUCCCACCAGAGCCUGAAGAGGGAUUCGAUGAAGGGAUGUUCAUUCAGCCCUCGGCCUCCUACCCCAGAGAGGACUUCUCAUCCCUCUCUGAAAAUGCUGAGCUGGCCAAUCAGAUCCAGUAUAGCAUCAUCCAAGACAUACAGCAAGGAGAGUCCUGGGAGAAUGGCGAGUCCUCACACCUAGCCCUCAAUAAGCUCAAGUGCCCCCACUGUAACUACAUCGCCAAGCACCGACGCACACUCAAGAGGCACCUGAUCAUCCACUCUGGCGUGCGCUCCUUCAGCUGCGACAUCUGUGGCAAGCUGUUCACCCGCCGCGAGCACGUAAAGAGACAUUCCCUGGUGCACAAGAAGGACAAAAAGUACAAGUGCAUGGUGUGCAAGAAGAUCUUCAUGCUGGCAGCCAGCGUUGGUAUCCGCCAUGGCUCGCGGCGCUACGGUGUGUGUGCGGACUGCGCUGACUCUCACCAGGCCACUCAGGAGGGCCUGGAAGGCAUGGAGUUUCCUCGCGACGAAGACUUCGAAGGCGAGGAAGGGGAGGACCUGGAGGGGGAGGAGCCUACCGAUAACGACCAAUCAAAUUGGGGUGAGGGCAACACUGGUGCUGCCCCGGAAAAGGACUGAGAAUUUUAACAAGCUUGAGAAACAAAAUAAAAGUUGAUGUUUAAUAUAUAUGUAUACAAAAACUAGCUGGUAAACAAUCAACUCCAAAGUGCUAUCAAACCUUGAGGUUACUUAAUUGUGCAAGUAUAUGACAAAGAUGGAUUUAAAAAAAAAAAAAAAAGCUUUGGUAGAGUGGGAACUCCAAGAUGUACAGAUUUUAUUAUUGUUCAAAUGUGUCCAACUCUGGGCCCAGAGCCCACAAGAGAAAGAUUCUAACGACGAAUAAUAUGAUAAAUCAGGUUUUUGGUGACGUAUUUUUAUUUCCUGUUUUUCGGGGGGAGAGUUGGGCAGGGUGAUGAUGUAGUUUUUGAGUUGGGGUAAGCCAAUCAACUAAAAAAAAAAAAGAAAUGUUAACUAUUUAAUUUAUGAAGAGAGCUUAUAAUGGUCUUAUCAAAUGCUAUAAUUUUUAUUUCUGUUGUUUUUGUCUGCAGCAGAGGAACGGUAAUGGCUGUUGCUUUCUGCUCAAUCUGAGAGUAUAUUGCUUGGUGCUUGUAGAAGUAAACGGAAGAAGAGCGUUAUUGCCGACAGGAAGAUUUUUAACUUGCUCUGUAGAUCUUGUUUAGAUGCGCUAAAUAUUAUAUUAUUCUUUUCUUUUUUUUUCUUUCCCUGCGCAAAUCUUGGAACCAAAAAAUCUGUUUUGUGACUCUAAUGUAUCACAGCCAUAUUUAUGAUUAAUUUAAGAGGGCUGUGGUAUUAUGCCAAACAGACCGCACACCAAGAUUUAGCAGGAAACAAAAACUACUGAAUACGCUUAAAAAAAAUAAAAUAAAAGACAACGUGAGGGUUUUUGUUAAGCGGGGAAAAAAUUAAUUAAAAAAAGCGAAAGUACAAGGGGAAAUGUUAUUGCUAGCUUUAUACAAAUCACGGCGUCACAGUAACACUUUAUUAUUAUUAAAGAAAAGCAUCUGACUUUCACUUAAAGCUUGAAUUUUGCCAAAUGAUGAAACGUUUGGUGCUGUAAUGCUUGUUGCAGAAUACUGGACCUACAGGCUAUAUAUGAUGUUUAUAAUCAUAAAGCUUAAACUGACUCAGUUAUACAUAUGUAAUCAGCUUAAACUAUAGAACACUGUUGUGCUACGGCGACUAUCAGGUAUGCUUUGCCAUUGUUUUUAAGCUUUUUGUUUUAUUUAAUGCACACACACGUACACAUUCAUUCAUACACACACAGAUUACCAUUUUGUAGAACUACCGGCAGUACUUGUAAUUGACGUUUUGAGGACCUAAGUGGACAUCAAUACCUUUAUACGUUUGUUUAUAUUUGGUACUGAGUUAUAUAGUAAAUACAGUAUAUAUAUAUUUUGAAUCACUUGAACGUUGGUUGUGAGGGAGAAGUGUGCAGAAAAUCAUGAUGUGUGAUGUUUUAAAUCUGAAAGAACUCCAUUUUUCAUGUGUAAAAGGUAUACAAAAUGUCAUCCGUUUAAUUUGAUGUAAGUUUUUUAUUUUAUUUUAUUUUAUUUUUUUAGGUCUGCCAGGUAGAAAAACACUUUGUUCCACAAAAAGUGAAGCUCUAUGGCGCCUCAUAGACAUGCACUUACUUUUGCGUUCAUGAAAAUAAUUUUCUUUUUGUUUGUUUUCUUGCUUCCCCAAAAGCGGGUCUGAAUGGAACUAUAUAAAAACUGUUGUGUCUUUCUUCCAAUGCGCAACUUUUUUAUUAGACAUUUUGUUUUGUUAUUUAAUAUUAUAUAUUGACUCCAAAAUGCAAUCAAGACUGUUAAUUUCUAUUUGUCCAACCAAAAUUGUUGUUUUUAAUUAUUGUUGAAAUAUAAUGUAUGAGAAAAGCCAGGUGAAAACUUGCUUAGUGUAGAAAAUCCUUGCUCGUGUCUGUAAUUGUUGAGAUUUUUAAAUGUUUAUAUGCUACAGAAUCAUUCACUUUACCCUAGAUACAUAUUUUGUUUAAUUUUGUCCUUUCCACAGAUGUUUCCUUUCUCUUUUGUUUUUCUGUUUUUUUUUUUUUUCAUUAAGCACAUAUUUUCUAAAGAAACACGGAUUGUUUGCGGGUUAAAACCUUGGAACAGCAGUAUCUGUUCAUAUGCAGUGGAAUAUACAGUAUGUACUGAAGUGCUAAUGAUACAGACGAUGUGUAACUUCCCUUUACUCUCAGUGGAAGAAGAUAUAUUUUAAGUCAUAGAGAUAUUCAUCCUCUUGGUGUCACUUUUACCUUCAAAUCACUGUGGGAGGGGUUAUAUUACGGAUAUAUAUAUAUAUAUAUAUAUAUAUAUAUAUAUAUAUAUAUAUGUGGAGAAUAUAUGAGAUAAAUAUAUAUAUAUGAAGAAUAUAUUAUUUAACUAGUGGAUUUACUUAAUGGAACACAUUGACAGUCAGCCACAAACCUCCUGAUGUGGUGGUUUAUUUCCGUGAACUUUAACCUUCCGCUCUCUCUCUCUCUCUUCACACUGUGUGCUUGUUCAUCACACCAUCCUGUUGUCUUGUUUGUUCUUUUGAUACUAUUUACCAUCCUACUGAUUUUACUGUAACGAAUGAAACUCAAACUAUGAUGUAUCAUUUUAGAUUUUAUGCUGUAUUUGUUAUAUGGACAAAAAAACAGAAAAAAAACAUGAAAACGAAGCAAAAACACUACAGAUGUAAAGCAGAGGUUUUUUUUCCCCAGCUGUAUUUUUUUACGCUGUUGCAAAGGGUUGUAUUUUUCAAUUUCUCUCGAAGUUUAACAGUGAUGCAAAACUUGGGCCACGCCUCAGUGCCCUCCGAACACAAAGCAAAUUCAGGUUACUCUUUUUACGUUUUUAUCAAAGGUUUUCAAAGAUGGAACUACAUUCUCCUUUUUUCUCUCUGAAUUGUACUACUGUUCCUCUCUAUACUACAUUUUAAGAAUAAAACUUUGAUAUUGCUUUAA